AUCAAAGUUAGAAAUUGGGAAAGGUGGUGUAUGAAUGGUUGGGAUAUGGGGGAUUGGUGGUAGUGGUAAGACUACUCUUGCGUCUUAUAUGUACAAGGAAAUAUCUAAGCAAUUUGAAGGUCACUGCAUUGUUGACAAUGUUAGGGAUGAAUCAAGUAAAAAUGGUUUAACAAGUUUACAAAAUAAGAUUCUAUCAAAUCUUUUGAAAACGCCGGUGGUGGUGCAGAAUGUUAUCGAUGGACGAAACAAGAUAAAAAAUAUGUUAUGUCGUAGUAAUGUGUUAAUGGUUCUUGAUGAUGUCGAUGAUCUUUGCCAAUUAGAGGCGUUAGCUGGAUCACAUAAUUGGUACGGUGAUGGGAGUCGAAUAGUAAUCACGACUAGAGAUGAGAAUUUGCUAACAGCUCACAAGGUAGACGUGGUCUAUCCUAUGAGUUUAUUAUCAGAUGAUGAGGCCAUCCGGCUCUUUAAUAGGCAUGCAUAUCAAGAAAAAAACCAUCUAGAAGAUUAUGAGGCCCUUUCACUACGUGUGGUUUCAUAUGCUGCUGGGCUCCCGUUAGCGCUUAAAAUCCUUGGGUCUUUUCUAUGUGACAAAGACGAGAAUGAAUGGCAAAGUGCCUUGGCCAAGUUAAGAUAUAUCCCAGAUCCUAAGGUCACCGAUAUACUUAAAAUAAGUUAUGAUGGACUUGAAUCUUUCCAGAAAGAGUUAUUCUUAGAUAUUGCAUGCUUCUUCAGGGGCCAUCCAAAAGAUGAGAGAAUGGAGAUCUUUGAUGCUUGUGGUUUUUACUCUGACAUAGGGGUAAAGGUUUUGAUACAAAAGAGUCUCAUAACUAUUUCAGAUGGAAACUUUGAUAUGCACAAUCUGGUACAAGAAAUGGGACACCACAUAGUUAGAGGUAAACAUCCUAACAAUCCUGGAAAACAUAGCAGAGUUUGGCGAGAAGAAGAUAUUGAAGACCUGUGUUCUAGCGAUGCCACAACGGAAAAUAACAACAUCAAGGCGAUAAGAUUCUAUGGUGAAUCACCACGCUUUCCUGAGCUUGUCGCAAACUUGAAGAAACUAAGGUUACUAAUUUGUAAAAGUAUCUUACGGAACAAUUAUGACACGACAGUUUUUGAAGCUCCUACUUUUCUUUCAAAUGAGUUACGCUAUAUUCAUUUAUCCGGUUAUCUUGCAAGUCCGUUGCCAGAAACCUUCCAACCAAAAAAGCUUGUUAUUUUAAGCUUGCAUAAUAGCUUACAUGAAGAAAUUUGGACGGGUAACAAGCGUCUACCAAAAUUGAAACAACUUAACCUCUAUGACGCGAGGAACCUACUCAGCACACCGGACUUUGAUGGAUUCCCAUGUCUUGAAAAGUUGACAAUCAGUGGUUGUCCCAAGUUAGAAGAGAUUCAUCCAUCAAUUGGAAAUCAUACAAGUCUUGUUUACGUUCGCGUGGAUAGUUGUGACAGGCUUAGAACGUUUCCAACCAUCACCCAAUUGAAGAAACUGAAGAUUUUUAAAAUAUUGAGUUGCAAGCAGCUUUUUAUGUUUCCAGAGAUCCAAUCAAACAUGGACAGCUUGGAAGAGUUAUCUUUGAAUGACGUUGGGAUGCUAAUGAUGCCCUCAUCAAUUCAACAACGUUGUACCAACCUUACGUCUCUAGAGUUGAAUGGUUAUGAAUAUCUCAAAAGAAACACUUCCAAAAUAUGAAGGUCAUAGUCCUCUAGAGGUGAUUUCUAUCGAGUAUGUAACAUAAAUGUAAGUGCAAUAAUAUGUCAUUUGUUUCAUUUCCAGAUUAAUAGUGGUUGAUACCUUCUACACUUAGUAAAGCUAUUGCACAU